AGCAUCACUUCGCGCACGCGCUCUGCGUCGGGGCAGUUCCAUAGCAACCGUGAAGAACAACAUGGCAAAAGCAACAACUAUUAAAGAGGCCCUGGUGAAAUGGGAGGAGAAAUCAGGUGAAAAAGCGAGCGAGGCCACAGCAGUGAAGCUUUAUGGUCAGAUCCCUCCCAUUGAAAAAAUGGAUGCUUCUCUCUCAAAUCUUGUCAACUGCGAGAGAUUAUCCUUGUCUACAAACUGUAUUGAAAAAAUUGCCAACUUGAAUGGUCUAAAGAACCUUAAGAUAUUGUCCUUGGGGCGGAAUAACAUCAAAAACCUUAAUGGACUUGAGGCAGUAGGUGAUACUCUGGAGGAGCUGUGGAUCUCUUAUAACCUCAUAGAAAAACUGAAGGGAAUUCAUGUCAUGAAGAAACUCAAAGUCUUGUACAUGUCUAACAACUUGGUCAAGGAGUGGGGGGAGUUUCAGAAGCUGGCAGAUCUUCCAUCACUGGUAGACCUCGUCUUUGUGGGGAAUCCAUUAGAAGAGAAGUAUUCUGCAGAUGGCAACUGGAUAGAGGAGGCUACUAAGAGGCUUCCCAAGCUUAAAAAGCUAGAUGGAAACCCCGUUAUCAAACAAGAAGAGGAGGAAGGUGAAGGGGAGAGUUAAUGCAAUUCCUUUAAAUAUUCUAAAGUUGGUGCAUUUUUAUUGUUUAAACACCAGCAUUUUAUCUAUUAGAAGUCUGUGCAAUAUUUGCAUUUUUAGGUGUAUUUAUAUGGAAUAAGCUAAAAACCUAAAUCCAUUUUCUUGAGCUUUAACACUAUUUAGAUUUGAAAAGCACACACUUGAUGCGUUUUGUUAGCCUUAGCACAAGCGGAAAUAUACAAUCAUAAUGUUUGGGUCGUGCAGAAGGGCAGAUUGGAUGGUACUCAUUACUUACACUGUAAAAAAAAAUUGAAUCUAACUUAUGCUUAAAUUAUUUUGAAGAAUUAAUAUGUAAACCUAUAAUAAUUCAUAAUUUAACAACUUGAUUCAGUGAAAUAAGAUCUUUGACUUGAAUAACCAGUUAAUUUCCAUGUUACCACAUGAAGGACAUAAUACAAGUUAUGAAAGUUAAUGACACAACUUUUCAGGGAGUUCAAUAACUUGUUAGAUUGUAACCGUAAAUGCAAGCCAGUGACAGCAACUACAAAACUGGAAUUAUUGAUCAAGUGUGUGACAUAGGCUUUAACUGUUUUGUUUGGUGGUGCUAUGUCUCUAUUAGGAGGCUACUUUAAAAAUUCUCUGUAUUUGAAGUUCAUUAAUAAUCGCAAGAUUCAAAUUCUAAAUAGCAUACUUUUUGUAAUAAAUUUGUUUGGACAUAAGCAAAUUCCUAAUCUAUUUGCAGUUAUUCUGUUGUCAUACAGUUCCAUCACUAAGUGUAUUGUUAACAUAUUAUUAUAAGGUUAAAGCAAGUUGCACAAUGAGAGCAAUUUAACACUUUGUAGCAUGUCUCUAUAGAGUAACAUAAGUGUACUGUGGCCAAAUAAAGACAACAUAACUAAUAUUGUAAUAAAAACGUUGUCUGACUUUCUUGUUAAAAAAUUUAUAAGUGUGAUUUCAAUUUUAUAGUUAAGAUUUUGAGCAUGUUUUUGACCCCUCUACAUCUUUUUGUUUACUGUGUUUCACAAGAAAAAAUAAACUAUUUUGUCCUC